AUGUUGGAUGCCUUUGGUUCAGCGAGCGCCACAGUCACCAUCCCCAGCAACCCCGACCGGCAACUCAAAGCAGCGGCAGGGAUGGGACUGGAGUCUGGCGCGGGGGAAAAGGAACUCCUGGAGAUCACGACUGGUGAAACUUUAUCCAAAAGUAAACUUCUGGUCGGAUUGGAUCUGCUGUGCCUCUUUUUAGCCUCCAUCCCAUUCUUUGCUUGUGAGCUCAAGGCGGUGAGUCCGUACAAAAGAGGCUUCAUCUGUGGAGACCCCAGCAUCACGUACCCAUACCUCCAGAGGGAAGUGAUCCCAGACGAGCUACUGAUCUCUGGAGGCAUCAUCAUUACCGGCCUCACAAUUGCGCUGGGAGAGUGUUAUCGCGUGCGUUUUCGAGGAGUGAGUUCCAAAGCCUUCAUCAGGAACGUGUAUGUGUCCUGCCUCUACAAAGAACUGGGCUGCUUCCUAUUCGGCUGCUGCAUCGGCCAAUCCCUGACCAACAUGGCCAAGCUGAGCGUAGGGCGACUCAGGCCUCACUUCCUGUCUGUGUGCGGCGUCACAUAUGCAUCACUCAACUGCACUCUGGGAACUUAUGUGGCCUCUGUGACCUGCCCCCAGCCUGACCAUCGUCUGGAGGAGGAGGCCAGAAAGUCCUUCUUCUCUGGUCAUGCUUCCUUUGCCAUGUACACACUGCUCUAUUUAGCUUUCUACCUGCAGGCGCGGUUCACUUGGCGCAGUGCCCGGCUGCUGCGGCCGAUGCUUCAGUUCACUCUCGUCAUGCUCGCCGUCUACACUGGGCUCACCCGCAUCUCCGACUACAGGCACCACCCCUCCGACGUGCUGACGGGCCACAUGCAGGGGGCGCUCACUGCUUACUGGGUGGCGUUCCACAUCUCGUCCAUGUUUAAGACCUCCAGCUCAACGCUCUCCCCCAGUGAAACUCCCCUGGACAGUCCUGUGUCGCCUCAGCACACUGUCUGCUGA